AGGAAUGCCGCCCCCGCCUGCGGGCUUUGGCGACCCUUCGAGCUCACGAAUGCCUCCCGAGAUGCUCGCUCAGAAGUCGCAAAAAUGGGUUCAAAUGCAGAAAAAGCGUUAUGGGGAGAAGCGGAAGGGAGGGUAUGUUGAUAUGGGGAAGCAGGACCUGCCGCCCGAGCACGUACGCAAAAUCAUCAAAGACCAUGGUGACAUGAGCAAUAGGAAGUUCAGGAACGACAAGAGGGUUCACUUGGGAGCUCUCAAGUACGUUCCGCACGCCGUCAUGAAGUUGCUGGAGAACAUCCCGUACCCAUGGGAGCAGGUUCGUGAAGUCCCCGUUCUCUAUCAUAUUACGGGCGCCAUUACGUUCGUCAAUGAAAUUCCUCGAGUAAUCGAGCCUGUCUAUCACGCUCAGUGGAGUACGAUGUGGUUGGCCAUGCGGAGAGAGAAGCGCGACCGUAGGCAUUUCAAGCGAAUGCGAUUUCCUCCUUUCGAUGACGAGGAGCCUCCUCUCGACUACGGCGACAACGUGCUCGACGUGGAGCCGUUAGAGGCGAUCCAGCUUGAGCUGGACCCCGAGGAGGACGCGGCAAUCAUCGACUGGUUCUACGAUCCUAAGCCUCUCAUUGACACUCCUUCUGUCAACGGCUCCUCAUACAAGUACUGGUCGCUGUCUCUCCCGGUCAUGGCGAAUCUGUACCGCCUAGGUCGCACACUUUUGUCUGACCACACGGACGAUAACUACUUCUACUUGUUUGACAAGAAGUCGUUCUUUACGGCGAAGGCGUUGAACAUGGCCAUUCCAGGGGGUCCGAAGUUCGAGCCGCUCUAUCGUGACAUGGACACAUUCGACGAGGACUGGAAUGAAUUCAACGACAUCAACAAGGUUAUCAUCCGGCAGCAAAUUCGCACAGAGUACAAGGUCGCCUUUCCACAUCUUUACAACUCUUUGCCGCGCUCCGUCCACAUUUCCCCCUACCAUCAGCCGAAGAGCGUCUACAUCAGGACCGACGACCCGGACCUACCCGCUUUCUAUUACGAUCCGCUGAUCAAUCCUAUCUCGCUCCGGGGCUUUACGCCCAAGAAUGCGCCCUUGUUGUCUUACGAGGACACCAUUUUUGGGCCCAACGGGGCAGACGAAGAUGACUUCGAGCUUUCGGAGGAAGUCGAGCCGUUCCUCGAGGACCGCCCGCUCGAGACUGACCUGACAGCAGAUGGUAUCGGCCUGUGGUGGGCCCCCGCACCCUACAAUCGGCGGUCCGGUCGCAUGCGUCGCGCUCAGGACGUGCCCCUCGUCAAGAACUGGUACUUGGAGCACUGUCCUCCGGGCCAACCUGUGAAAGUUCGAGUGUCCUAUCAGAAGCUUCUGAAGUGUUAUGUCCUGAACGAGCUCAAGACGCGACCUGAGAAGGCUAUGACGAAGAAGAAUCUGUUCAGGCAGCUGAAGGCCACCAAGUUCUUCCAGACGACGAAAUUGGACUGGGUCGAAGCAGGUCUCCAGGUCUGCAGGCAGGGAUAUAACAUGCUUAACCUCCUCAUUCAUCGUAAGAACUUGAACUACUUGCAUCUUGACUACAACAUGAAUCUGAAGCCCGUGAAGACCUUGACGACGAAGGAGCGUAAGAAGUCUCGUUUCGGAAACGCGUUCCACCUUUGUCGUGAGAUUCUCCGCUUGACGAAGUUAGUCGUCGACGCGCACGUUCAAUAUCGCCUGGGGAAUGUCGACGCCUUCCAGCUUGCUGACGCUCUGCAAUACAUCUUUGCCCACAUCGGUGCCUUGACUGGGAUGUAUCGGUACAAGUAUAAGCUGAUGAGGCAAGUCCGCAUGACGAAGGACCUGAAACACCUAAUCUACUACCGCUUCAACACCGGACCAGUCGGUAAGGGUCCUGGUUGCGGUUUCUGGGCGCCGGGUUGGCGGGUAUGGCUAUUCUUUAUGCGUGGGAUUGUCCCUCUUCUCGAGCGAUGGCUCGGGAAUCUGCUCGCGCGUCAAUUUGAGGGUCGCAACAGCAAAGGUAUUGCGAAGACUGUGACAAAGCAACGGGUGGAGUCGCACUACGACCUGGAACUGCGUGCGGCUGUCAUGCAUGACAUCCUCGACAUGAUGCCGGAGUCUAUCAAGCAGAACAAGGCGAAGACGAUCCUUCAGCACUUGUCGGAAGCCUGGAGAUGCUGGAAGGCGAAUAUCCCCUGGAAGGUCCCGGGCAUGCCCACCGCAAUCGAGAAUAUUAUUCUUCGAUACAUCAAGGCAAAGGCGGAUUGGUGGACAUCAGUUGCUCAUUACAACCGCGAGCGUAUCAGGAGGGGUGCAACGGUCGACAAGGCCGUGGUCAAGAAGAACCUCGGACGUCUCACGCGGCUCUACCUGAAGGCGGAACAGGAGCGUCAGCACGCGUACCUCAAGGACGGUCCGUACAUCAGCGCCGAAGAGGCCGUAGCGAUCUAUACGGCAACUGUGCAUUGGCUGGAGAGCCGCAAGUUCGCUCCUAUUCCCUUCCCUCCGCUAUCGUACAAGCACGACACCAAACUUCUCGUUCUCGCAUUGGAGAAGCUGAAAGAGGCGUACUCGGUGAAGGGGCGCCUUAACCAGUCACAGCGUGAGGAGUUGGCGCUCAUUGAACAAGCCUACGACAACCCUCACGAGUGCCUCUCUCGGAUCAAGCGGCUUCUCCUUACGCAGCGGGCUUUCAAGGAGGCUGGAAUUGAGUUUUUCGAUACGUACGACAAACUCAUCCCGUGCUACGAUAUCGAGCCUAUCGAGAAGAUCACCGACGCCUAUCUGGAUCAGUUCCUAUUCUUCGAGGCGGACAAGCGCGGUCUGUUCCCAGCCUGGAUUAAGCCUGCCGACACCGAACCGCCUCCGCUCCUUGUGUACAAAUGGUGCCAGGGUAUCAAUAACCUGACCGACAUCUGGGAAACGAGUGAGGGCGAGUGCGUGGUCAUGAUGGAGACCGUUCUUUCGAAAGUGUAUGAGAAGAUCGACUUAACGCUGCUCAACCGUCUCCUACGGCUGAUUCUGGACCACAAUCUGGCGGAUUAUAUCACAUCCAAGAACAAUAUAGUCUUGACAUACAAGGAUAUGGCCCAUACGAAUGCCUACGGCCUCAUCCGCGGUCUGCAAUUCUCUGCCUUUGUCUUCCAGUACUAUGGUCUCGUGCUCGACAUCCUUAUUUUAGGUCUUCAGCGUGCCAGCGAGAUGGCUGGACCUCCACAGAUGCCCAACAACUUCUUGCAGUACCGUGAUUCGGCCACAGAGACUCGCCACCCUAUCCGGCUCUAUUCGCGAUACGUUGACCGACUGCAUAUCUUGUUCCGAUUUACCGCGGACGAGGCUCGCGACCUCAUCCAGCGGUAUCUCAGCGCCAACCCCGACCCCACGAAUAACAACGUUAUCGGGUACAACAACAAGCGUUGCUGGCCGCGCGACUGCCGUAUGAGGCUCAUCAAGCACGACGUAAACUUAGGUCGCGCUGUGUUCUGGAACGUCAAGAACAGCUUGCCGCGGUCGCUCACGACUAUCGAGUGGGAGGACACUUUCGUUAGUGUCUACUCCAGAGAUAACCCUCAGCUCCUCUUCUCCAUGUGCGGCUUCGAGGUACGGAUCUUGCCCAAGAUUAGGACGAUGGGCGGAGAGCAGUUUUCGUUGAAGGAUGCCGUUUGGAACUUAACCAAUGAGCAGACGAAGGAGCGCACAGCCCAAGCCUUCCUGCGGGUAUCCGACGAUGGUGUCCAGCAGUUCAAUAACCGGAUACGGCAGGUCCUCAUGAGCUCAGGUUCCACCACAUUCUCCAAGAUCGUCAACAAGUGGAACACCGCGUUGAUCGGUCUGAUGACCUACUAUCGCGAGGCAGUCAUCCAUACAAACGAAUUGCUCGACGCUCUUGUGAAGGCCGAAAACAAGAUUCAGACUCGGGUCAAGAUCGGUCUUAACAGUAAAAUGCCUUCUCGUUUUCCCCCAGUUGUGUUCUACACACCCAAGGAAUUGGGGGGUUUGGGCAUGUUGUCCAUGGGUCACGUUCUCAUUCCUCAGAGCGAUCUUCGGUGGUCGAAGCAGACGGACGUAGGCGUCACUCACUUCAGGGCGGGUAUGUCGCAUGAGGAGGACCAGCUUAUCCCAAAUCUGUACCGGUACUUGCAGCCGUGGGAGGCUGAGUUCAUUGACUCCGCCCGUGUCUGGUCAGAGUACUCCAUGAAGCGGAAGGAGGCGAACGCACAGAAUCGACGUCUCACGUUGGAGGAUCUUGAGGACAGUUGGGACCGUGGUAUUCCGCGCAUCAACACAUUGUUCCAGAAGGAUCGGCACACGCUAGCGUACGACCGGGGCUGGCGUGUCCGUACUGAUUGGAAGCAAUACCAGCUCCUCAAGCACAAUCCGUUCUGGUGGACAUCACAGCGUCAUGACGGGAAACUCUGGCAGCUCAAUAACUAUCGGGUGGACGUUAUUGCUGCACUGGGCGGUGUCGAAGGGAUCCUAGAGCACACGCUCUUCAAAGGAACAUACUUCCCGACAUGGGAGGGUCUCUUCUGGGAGAAAGCAUCCGGUUUCGAAGAGUCUAUGAGGUACAAGAAGCUGACGAAUGCCCAACGGUCCGGCCUGAAUCAAAUCCCUAACCGUCGGUUCACCCUGUGGUGGAGUCCUACCAUCAAUCGGGCAAACGUAUACGUGGGAUUCCAGGUGCAGCUCGAUCUCACUGGCAUCUUCAUGCACGGCAAGAUCCCAACCUUGAAGAUCAGUUUGAUCCAGAUCUUCCGUGCUCACCUGUGGCAGAAGAUCCAUGAGAGUGUGGUCAUGGAUCUUUGUCAGGUCUUCGAUCAGGAGCUUGAACCGCUGCAAAUCGAAACUGUCCAGAAAGAGACCAUUCAUCCGCGGAAGAGUUACAAGAUGAAUUCUUCUUGCGCCGACAUCCUCCUCUUUUCUGCCUACAAGUGGAACAUAGCUCGCCCGUCGCUCGUCACUGACAGUAAGGAUGUUCUCGACGGUACGACAAGCAACAAGUUCUGGAUCGACGUCCAGCUUCGGUGGGGUGACUUCGACUCGCACGAUAUCGAACGCUAUACGCGUGCUAAGUUCCUGGACUACGUCUCCGACUCCAUGAGUAUCUACCCGUCGCCCACUGGUGUCAUGAUCGGCAUGGAUCUGGCGUACAACUUAUGGUCGGCUUACGGAAACUGGUUCCCGGGAUUGAAGCCACUCAUUCAACAAGCUAUGGCUAAGAUUAUGAAGGCAAAUCCUGCCUGCCACGUUCUCCGUGAACGUAUCCGGAAAGGUCUCCAGCUUUACUCGUCAGAGCCAACGGAGCCCUACCUGAACAGCCAGAACUACUCCGAACUGUUCUCGAAUCAAAUCAUCUGGUUUGUUGACGACACCAACGUCUACCGUGUUACAAUACAUAAGACGUUUGAGGGUAACUUGACCACAAAGCCUAUCAACGGGGCCAUCUUCAUCUUCAAUCCGCGAUCCGGUCAGUUAUUCUUGAAGAUCAUCCAUACUAGUGUCUGGGCGGGGCAGAAGCGUCUAGGCCAAUUGGCGAAGUGGAAGACUGCCGAAGAAGUUGCAGCGCUCGUACGUUCCUUGCCAGUAGAAGAACAGCCGAAACAGGUUAUCGUCACCCGCAAGGGCAUGUUGGACCCGUUGGAAGUCCACUUGCUUGACUUCCCUAACAUUGUCAUCAAGGGUAGCGAAUUGCAGCUGCCAUUCCAAGCAUGCAUGAAACUGGAGAAGUUCGGUGAUCUCAUUCUCAGAGCGACGCAACCACAAAUGGUUCUAUUCAGUUUAUACGACGACUGGCUCAAGUCCAUCUCGAGCUAUACCGCUUUCUCACGGCUGAUUCUCAUUUUGCGCGGCCUACACGUAAAUAAUGAGAAGGCGAAGAUUAUCCUCCAUCCCGACAAGAACACUAUAACUGAACCACACUUCGUCUGGCCCUCUCUUUCGGACGAAGAAUGGAUCAAGGUCGAAGUGGCAUUGAAGGACCUUAUCUUGGCGGACUUUGGCAAGCGGAACAACGUGAAUAUCGCGUCAUUGACGGCCAGUGAGAUCCGAGACAUCAUCUUGGGUCAAGAGAUUGCGGCGCCGUCCGUCCAACGCCAGCAAAUGGCUGAGCUGGAGAAGAGCACGGAGGCUCAGGGCCAAGUGACGGCUGUUCAAACCCAAACGACGAACAUCCACGGAGACACCAUUCAAACGGUCACGACCACCAACUAUGAGCAACAGGUCUUCAGUAGCAAGUCGGACUGGCGUGUGCGUGCUAUAUCGGCGACUCACUUGCCGCUUCGUCUGCAACAUAUCUACGUGUCGAAUGAGGAUGUCAAGGACGAUGCUAGCUCAUACACAUACGUGCUUCCAAAAAACAUCUUGCGAGCCUUCAUCACGGCGGCGGACUUGCGUACCCAGGUAGCAGCAUAUCUCUACGGUGUGUCUCCCCCAGACAACAAGCAGGUGAAGGAGAUCAGGGCUGUUGCAUGGGUGCCGCAAAGGGGUAGCAACAACAGCGUCGAGCUCCCUGCCCAGUUACCGAAGGACGACUUCUUGCUCAAAGAUCUUGAGCCUCUCGGCUGGAUCAAGACUCAGGCAUUGGAGCUGCCGCACCUAUCUCCCACCGACGUGACCACUCAGGCCAAGUUAAUGGCCGACCACUCCGAAUUGGGUCCAAACACGAUAUGUCUUGUUGCCUCCUUUACACCGGGCUCGGUCUCGCUUUCCGCGCAUACGUUGACCGUUCCUGGGUUCGAGUGGGGUCGUAAGAAUAUGGAUAAUUCGCCUAAUCCACCGGGCUUCAACCCCAACAUGUCGGAGCGUGUCCAGCUUCUCCUGUCGGACCGUAUCCUAGGUAUGACCCUGGUGCCCGAAGGUCGGGUGUGGAACUACGGCGUAGGGUUAACCCAGCUGUGGUCGCCCAACUUAUCGUACUCGAUGACCCUGGACACGCCCUUGCCAUUCUGGGCCGAGGAGCAUCGUCCGGCUGCAUUCCUUACUUUCGCAAACUUGGAGACUGGUGAUGAUAGUGCCGAUGUAGAGAACAGCCUUGCUUAAUGUCGUAUAUUGUGUUAUUUGCAUUCCAGUGUAUUUCUAGAUCCAAUAUGUAAUUCAUGCUACAAGUGUCAUACCUCUCGCCAUUAAACCUCCGGAAGCAAUGACGGGCUGAGAUAGGAAUGCUACAAGUACAACAAUAUGCACAAAGACAUCAAAAUUUACAUGAACACAGAGAUUAAGACCGAUAUGAUCCGAGAUACCGUUAUAUGCUCACUAUACCAAGAGAAACAGUGGACCCAUGUUGCUCCAGCAACGUCAAGGGCGACUCUACGGGUGCAGCAUUUUGCUUGUCAUCGCCUUCAGUGGCAAUUGCAGAGAGGCGGUGCGGUGGCGGAGAGAGUGAUUCGUUGAAGGAACCAGAUACCGUUUCCCCCGAGGAGACGAGAGCCUCUUCGGGUAGAAUCUGCGUGCUCGUGUACUUGUCGUUCUCCCUGUCUGGCACGGCAACUGGUCUGGACGCACGUCUCGGGGGAGGCGACAAGGAUGUCAAUUCUGUGAAGUCUGGUGAUGACUCGGGCACGGGCACUUCAUCUGCCAUCGAAGGUAACCCAGAUGUUUUGGGUCCAUUCUCGGAGAUGUUGUCGUCUCCAGCCGACAGAAGGAAAUCGGGAUCGUUCUGGUGCGUAGUGAUCGGUUCACCAAUGGGCGUGGAAGGGGUAGGAGGUCGAUGGAUUGGGGCAAUGGGUGUAGAAGGCGGGCUAGACAGAGGACUGGGCGAAGCCGGAGCACUAAGCAAUCGCAAGCGUUGCUUAAUUGAAGGAAGACGAGAGAGAGGAGAAGAUGACGCAGGAGGUGGCGGAAGGGGGCCCGUAGGAGGAGGAUGGGGAGGACCAGGGGGUAUUGGGGAUCCGGGUAUCGGGGACAAUGUGCGCGAAAGACCGCUGUUACUUCCGUUGCUAGAGCUCCUACGGUGAGACCGAUAAGAAGGCUCAUCGGGCCGCGGGGGCAAUCCAGAAGACGGAGGGUCUCUCGGAGGAACUAGAGACAGCCUGAGGGCUCGCUGAGUAAAGGACUCGCGGAUUGAGCUUUUGUUCACCGGCGCUGACCCCGGUUGCCCUUGUG